AUGGAACUCAAAACUAUGAAAAUCUUACUUCUUUCGGUCACCACAACAAUUUACCUCACUACCUUUUUCAUUCUUCCGUCCAUAUUGGAAAACGGUGAUCAAUACCUUCAACAGUAUGAUUCAUUCAAACAAGACGUUGCUCGAAAGUUUUUCGGCGAUCCUGUCACAAACACUGAUGCCUAUAUUGUCAACACGUAUUAUUAUCCAACAUCCAAAAGUCUUGGAGAUAAUGCGUUGGCUAUGGUUUUACUGAUGAAUCGAAGUACCAUGAGAAAUAUUACCAAAUACAAAAUGCAGCUAGUAGCAACUAAUAGUUCAGGCUCUUCGGUGACUGUUGUUCCUAAGUUGUUAAAAGAAGCCUACGCAAAUUGUGAAUAUUCAAACAUAGUUGCUCACGUAACAGCUUUGCCAAGUUUAAAGAAACUUGAGAUGGUGAGCGGUGACUCGAAGUUUGACAUCCAAUUAAAACUGGCACGUAGCACGGCUCCCGCACCUGUGAUCAUUUGCAUCUCGCCGCAAUUCGUAGCAGAGCAAUGGCAAAUAUUCGUUGCUCACGCGCAUAUCUCGCAUAAUUUCGGUGGACACUUGCAUCUUUACGUGACUAGUAUGCUGGAGUCCUACUUCGAUUUAGUGCUAGAAUACGAAAAAUUGGGAUAUGUCACGUUGGACUUUUGGAUGAGAUACAACUUCGCUAAUUCCGCAUUGAAUUCGCCUGAGCCAAACUCGAAUGUUGAAUGGAGAAAUCAAGCAGGUGCACAUACGGAUUGCCUUUUACAAUAUAAAGAAGCCGCUAAAUUUAUCACGUUUGCCGAUCUAGACGAUGUACUAAUUCCACGUGGAUAUGAGACAUAUUUCCACGAAUUCGCGUCACUAUUCUACUUUCACCCAAAUAUUCGCACAUUUCAAUACCCAAAACAAGAAAUGAUGUUCCAUAACAAGCCUAAUAUUUCUGACUUCCACAUGAUAGAACAGUUCAGUCAUUCGUGGUUUGCAAACACACAGGCAACAGGAAAAAUUGUGGCACGGCCCAGCGAUCUGAAUUCUAUGUGGAUUCACCGAUCAUUCAACGUGCCGGAUAAAAACUUUCAAGUUGUAAGUCACAACUUUUUCAUUCAUCUACAGAGACCUGUUGAUACUGAUGGCCAGGACCCGAUCACUUACGAGAUGAGAUCUUUCUCGAUUGCCAAGCAUUUAAAAUUGAAUGCAUCAGUUAUGCAACCAGUUCAAGAGGAUUUUGUAAAAGUUCUGAAUUCAUCACGUUAUCAAAAAAUAACUGCCAAAUUACCAAAAAAUACUUACUAUUUUCCAAUUUUGUUUCGAUGUUACUACGAAAAAUACUACAAUGCUCAGGAUGACACGUGCCCAAAUGGAGAAGACUGUUUGAUACCUCAACGUUCCGACCUCCCUUGUAUUCACUCGGAUGCAGACUAUAAGUCAGGACCUUCUAUGACCCCUGUCACAUUUCACUAUCAUAAGAAUCCGAGAUGGUCGAAAAACAUAGGAUGCUACAAUUAG